AUGGGCAUCUUGGGUCGCCGCCGCAGGUCCACCGCCGGGUCCCCCGAUUCUACUCCUACAGUCGUCCCCGAACUCUCGAAAGCCCAGAUCAAGCGUGCCACCCGUACACGUAAGAUAUGGGCCCUCCUCACGUCCUUCUUCCUCUUUGUCACGGUCAUCUUCCUCAUCCUCGUCGAGAUCGGCGGCAUCAAGAACCAGAAAAUAAUUCAAGAUUGGUACUUUAUUCGCAUCGAUGUUAGUAACAUCAUCCCGGCCAGCGUGCCCAACUUUGCACUCAUCAACACAAUUGCGCAAACACUGGGUCUACACGAUUUCUACCAGGUUGGGCUAUGGGGAUUCUGCGAGGGCUACGUGAACGAAGGGGUCACAUACUGUAGUCCACCGCAGACACUGUACUGGUUCAACCCUGUGGAGAUUCUGAGCAGCGAGUUAAUUGCUGGAGCUUCGAUUAAUCUCCCCUCCAACAUCAACAACAUCCUCGACCUCAUUAAAAUCGCCUCCCAAGUCAUGUUUGGCUUCUUCCUCACCUCCGCCUGUCUCUCCUUCGUGCUCAUGUUCCUAAUGCCCAUCUCGGUCUUCUCCCGCUGGUGGACCCUUCCCAUCGCCAUCCUCACCUUCAUCAACGCGCUCCUCUGCACCGCCGCCUCCGUUGUCGCAACCGUCAUGUUUGUCAUCUUCCGCAACAUCAUCUCUGGCGUCUCCGAGCUUAACAUCUCCGCCGAUAUCGGCAACUACCUGUUUGGAUUCAUGUGGACUGCGUCCGCAUUCUCCAUCUUCGCAUGGCUCGUUCAAACAGGUUUGUGCUGCUGCUGUGCGAGUCGCCGAGACGUGAAGACGGGACGCAAGAAGGGCAGCGAGAAGGCCUACCAAAUGGCCGGCGAUACCCCGACAAACAGGGUUGCGAUGAGAGGUGCUAACGGUGCGUCGCAGGAGAAGUUGGCCGAGAAGCGCAAAUUCAGAUUCGGAAGACGCAAGGAGUAG